UUGCCAACCAUAUAUACAUACAAACAUAUAUCUCUAUAUCUAUACACAUACCAAAUCUGGUAUUUUGAUAAAUUCAGACCUAAAAAUCCGCCAAAAUCUCCAAUUACCUUUUAUACAGUCCCUCAAUUUCUGUUAUAAACCGUUAAUUUCCGGUUGAUCAUCCUUAAUUCCCAAUUACAGUUUUUGUGAAUUAAAUUAAAUUAAGUUUCUAAAUUCCAAUUAAUUGAUCGGAGAUUUUGUGAAUUAAAUUGGAGGCAUGGAUUGUAGUUCAAAGAUUACGUCAGCAAAACGACGACGUACGCAGCAUCGGCCGGUUGUCGGAUCUCUUCCUGGUGAUUUGUUGAUUGAUGUUCUUGCUCGUGUUGCCUCCGGAUCGUUUACCGAUCUUUUUAAUGCUAAAUUAAGUUGUAGGGACUUUCUUGGUGCGGCGGAAGACGAGUUCAUCUUUCAACAUGUUUCUAUAGAUAAAUUUCCAGUAAUUCAUUGGUUUCCUCCUAGUGACGAAUUGCUUUCGUUCCUAAAUCGAUGCAUUGACAAAGGCAACCCGGAGGCAAUGUUCAGACAAGGAAUGAUAGAGUUCUUUAGUCUGGCAAGGAUAGAAACAGGACUCGAGUACUUGAAACGGGCAACCGAGAAAGGACAUGUGGAGGCGACGUAUGUGUAUGGCAUGAUCUUACUCUCUCGAGGCGGUCAAUCGAGUCAACAAGGUUUGAAUAUUCUAAACUCGAUGAAAGUGACAAGAUCUAACUACUUGAAAUUACGCGAGUGUAGAGCUAAAAUCAAAGCGAUUAUACGCGAAAUGUGGAUCAAUAAUUCGAUUUCGCUAAACGAGGUUUCGUGCAAGUGUCAAGAAAGAAACAUGUUGGGUAUGAGGAAAAGGAAGUUUGAGGAGGAAGAAGAAGUUAUAUGUUGUGAUGUUUGUGGGUGGUAUCUAGAGGUCAUCUCAUUUUGUAAAAUUGUAGACGGUGUCGUUUAGGAUGUUAUGAAGUUGCAUAUUGGUUUUUAGGCCAUUUAGAACUACGAUUAGGUUAAACUAUAUUAUUUAAACAAUUUUCAGUUUCUUAGAAUUUUAUUGUGUAUAAAAUAUGUAGUAAUUUGGUUUUCUAUUUGAAUUUGUUUGAACAAUUCUUCUAUUUGUUGUAGUAACAUACUAAUAUGUGAAUGAUUCUAUACCAA